AUGUACACAAUUCAACACGUUAGACGGCCAGAGAAGCCCGAGAAAGAGUGUAUACAUUCGGGUCAUUUUAUGGUAUCAACUUUUGAGGCUGAAGAACAAGAUGAUGAGGACAAUGUAGCUGUUCCUCUUCCAGAAAGCAACAAUGAUACUGUACCAUUACUGCCUCUUAUUUCAGUACAACCAAAAAACAGAAAUAGUUCUAAGGUGCUACAGAAGACACAACAGCAGCUGUCCAUUGACACAAGCUUGGCGAAACUGUUUCAAGCUAUGUCUUUAGCUUAUAGACAAAAAUUAACGUCUCCCAAGUGGAACAGAUUCAGAGGUAUAAGACUUAGAUGGAAAGACAAAAUACGAUUGAACAAUGUUAUAUGGAGGUGUUGGCAUCUACAGUUUAUCAAGAAAGAACAUACGUUGGUCUGUCAGUUUGCCUCCCCUUUAGAUGUAGAUACGCACAAUAAACCUGAGGCUGUUGUACUAGAAGGGAAAUAUUGGAAACGAAAAUUAGCAGCAGUAACCGCAGAGUACAAACGAUGGCGCAUGUUUUACAGGAACAAUAUUCUGGGACACGUUACCAAAGAUGUCACAGAUGCGUUAUUGGAUAUAGAUCUAGGGGAAUGGGACACUAUGACGGUAGACAACAUGAUGGUGGAUGAGGAUUACAUGGGAAUGAUGAGUGAUACUUUAUUUUCUACUAUUGCCAAUCAACCAUUUGUCUUCCCAGACCCCAGGGAAAUGGCCAAGGCAGGAAUAGCAGACUUUAUACAACCCAGUUUAAAUCCAUUACAGCCAAAUUUGGAGGAUUAUAUGGAUUUGGAUCCCUUUCCAGAAUUAAUUAACAGCAAACUCGCUACAGUACCUGAAGAAACCCCCACAUCACAACAGUCUAUACUUUGGGGAUACAUGGAUAAUAGUUUACAUAGUCCGGAAUCAUCGCUGGAGGUGCACAGCAUAGAUCCUUCGAUUCAAGUUAACCCUUACCAGUUAUCCCCUGGUCAUCAAGUCCAGCAAGUACCACAGGUAUCUGUGGUUGAGAGAAAACCACAACAGCAGUCUCAAAACUUAUUACCGAAUAGAUACAACGACAUGGUGUUACCGCAGCAACAACAGUAUCCUGUAUCACCGCCAUCUUAUCAAACUGUGAUCUCUAAAAACAAUAUUCAGAAGCCACCAAAAACUAAUUUGGUAUAUAGUAAAUCAUUGGAUAAUAUUUAUCCGGCAUAUUCACAACAGAAUCCUGUUGGACAAAGUAUAGAUCGAGUUUCAAUGAGUAAUGCGUCACAAAUAACUCAAACCUCUUCACAACAAACUCAACCCCAGCAAAAUCAGCCACAGCAACAGCAGCAGCAACAACAGCCUCAAAUACAAAAAUAUCUUGGUUUUAAAUUAGUUCCAGUUCCAUCUCAAGAUCCAAACCAGGGUUAUAAAUUUUCACUUAUGACCACGCCGACUAUCAAAUUCACCACAACUCAACAAGCACAACAGUCGAUGAUCCAAAAUUAUCCUGGUUUGCCUCAAUAUUCGAGUGUUCCUCGACCUCCAACUAAUGAAGAUAAACAACCGAGGAGACGUGGAGGAACGAGAGGAAGGGGUAGAUCUCGAUCAAACACUAGGGAGCCUAUAAAAAAGCCGCCCUUAGUUUCAGCAGCUAGUGAUCCAUCUCUACUGACACCACAGAAUAGUGUCAUAUUGACACAAUUGUUAACCAAUAACACAGAACCUGCAACGACUGUUUAUAAUCGUAGUAUAAGUCAAGGUAAUCUUGAGAUGCUUCCAGGUUCAUUACAAAUCAAAGAAGAAUCAAAUUCGAUACCUAUACUACCACAGCCUUCAACCACUACACUAAUUUUACCCGCCCAAGUCAAUAUGACCACCGCACAAGCAUCUUCAGAUACGAUGUUACUAAGUUCGUAUAGUAGUUCAAACAGCCCUGUGAUGGACCCUCUGGCCCAAAGUAUUCAUUCACCCACUUCCUCACAAGGUUCAAUCGGCUCUCCUGGUGGUGAAAGUUCGAGUCAUCGGGACAGGAGAUCGGUGCACAUACAUGCCGAACAGAAACGGCGUUAUAAUAUUAAAAAUGGUUUUGAUAUGAUUCAUUCUCUUAUACCGCAUCUUAAUCAAAACCCUAAUGCUAAGUUAAGUAAGGCAGCUAUGUUACAAAAGGGUGCUGAAUAUAUUAGGCAGUUAAGGGAUGAACGAAACCAACUUAAAUCAGAAAUGGAAUCUCUUCGACAACAGAUUGAAAGCCUUAAUGCGGCUAUAAGCAACUGUCAGUCGAUGUUACCCGCCACUGGAGCUCCGGUUUCUCGAAGGAGGGAUAGCCGAAUGCAAGAGAUGUUUGAAGAGUAUGUUCGAAUACGUACUAUGGAAAAUUGGAAGUUUUGGGUCUUUAGCCUUAUUUUUAAACCAUUAUUAAAUUCGUUUAAUAAUUUAGUUUCGAGUUCUAGUCUAGAUGAUUUAUAUCGAUCUACAAUGUUAUGGAUAGAACAACAUUGUACCCUUACAGAUCUCAGACCAGUGGUUUUAAAUUCACUAAGGUAUCUAUGCACAAAGACGGACAUUCUUUCGGAUCCUGAUAAGUUACCAGAGGAGGCAAGACAUAUAGCGCUCGAAAAUAAAAAUCAGAACAAAUAA